AUGUCAUCCAUCGGCACCAACUGCCAGCGGGGCGACUGCGGCAUUCAGCAGCCUCCAGAAACACCCCAAGCUGGGGCAGAGUCAGAGUCAGCGUCUGUGCAUGCUCGGCAGAGACGCAGAAUCGCUGAGCUGGAGGGAAAGGUCGAGACUCUGGAGUCGGGGCGUUCGGUGAAAGAAAGGUAUGCCCCCCGACUGUUUGCACUUAGUCCACUUUACUCACUAUUUGUCAGGCAAACUAAUUACUAUCUAGCUCAGGGAAGGGCCAUCAGGCGGGUCGUCACUCUGUUCGACAAUAUAGAGGAUCUGGUCGCUGAAAACGACAGAAGAUACGAGUAUGAUGGCGAUGAGGACGCCACUCUAGAUCAGGACCGACUGCAAACAGGUUAUACUGCUCUAGUGAGAGCCUUAGCCUGGUUUGUGAAGAAUGCCACUGACAUGGAGAACGACGACUUUGCACGUAUGCUAAAAACGCUUAGGCUGGGGGCUGACAGUGCUCGAGGCGACGAUACAUCAAAACUUAAAACUCUAGUUUCCUCCUGGGUCAAUCUCGAACUCAAGCCAACUCCCCCGGUCGAGCCUGACGACAAACACCACCGCGGGUUUAUCAAUGACGCAUGCGGCAAGUUACUAUGCCCUGCUGAACUUGAUUGGAGCAGCUCAUUAGUGAAGGCAGGCAUUAGAAACCGAUCGGAGGGCCAUGCUGUGACAGAAAUGUCCUUUCCAGCAUUUUUGUAUGAAAACUACACUGCUAACCCUGACAAUCUGGAGGAAGGUUUAUUCAAGGGAAAAAUCCUGGUACAGGCCUACAAGGCUGUGUUUACGUCUCCGUCCUCAGCGAAGGACGUCGAGGACGAUGGCGAUGGCGCGGACGUUAUCGAGAACAACCGGCGGGCUACAAGGGCAUCCUCAGGAGCUAAAUUAAAAAAACACGUGCGAUUCGCGCUUUCUUCCGUUACCUCAUGGCGGUCCGUGGACGGCGAUUUCGACUAUAUCCAGUUUUGGAAGAUCAUCGUGGAUUUCUUCGAAGUGGCCCCCGGUCGAGAAGCGCGCCGCAGGGUCAACCGACUCCUGGAGUGGUGGACGAGAAAGGUUUUUGGAAGGAAUCGUCGUGAGGAGCUUAGCGACGCAGCAAAGGCCAAUCUGUCUGUGAACGCACUUGCAAGGCAGCGAGCGCAACUAGAUGAUGCUUCUUUCGAUUCUAGCUAG